CUAGCUCACGGAUUCUUCAGCACCUUCGGUUCACUACUGUCUUUAUCUUCACCUUUCGUGCAUCGAAAUUCGAGAUGGGUUAUUGGUACAACCAAGCUCUGUUAACUUUGUUUCUCGUAGCUCUGUUUUUGGUGUCUCUGUUUAUUCAAGAGGCAAAAACAGAGCAAGUUUACAAUGUGAGCAGAUUGAGAAGUAGAAAGGUUUUGAGUGGUUGUAAUUUGUUUCUAGGAAAAUGGGUUGUUGAUUCUUCAUACCCACUCUAUGAAUCUUCAAGUUGUCCCUUCAUUGAUCCUGAGUUUGAUUGUCAAAAGUAUGGCCGCCCUGAUACUCAGUACCUCAGAUAUUCUUGGAAGCCUGAUUCUUGUGAUGUACCCAGGUUUGAUGGAGUGGAUUUUUUGAGGAGGUGGGGAGGGAAGAAGAUAAUGUUUGUGGGUGACUCACUGAGUCUGAACCAGUGGGAAUCGUUGUCCUGUUUGAUUCACGCGUCGGUGCCAAAUGCCAAAACCGCCUUCGCCAGGAAGGACUUGUUGUCUUCUGUCAUCUUUGAGGACUAUGGAGUAACAUUGUUCCUAUAUCAUACCACAUUUUUGGUAGAUAUUGUUCGACAAGAUGUUGGUCGUGUUCUCAAACUCGACUCUAUUCAAGCUGGCAGUGCAUGGUUAGGAAUGGACGUCCUGAUUUUCAACACGUGGCAUUGGUGGACCCACACUGGAAAUUCUCAACCAUGGGACUAUAUCCAAGAUGGGUCCACAAUAUCAAAAGAUAUGGACCGUCUGACGGCAUUUGGGAAAGGGUUGACAACUUGGGCCACAUGGGUGGACCAAAACAUUGAUCCUUCCAAAACCAAAGUCUUCUUCCAGGGGAUUUCUCCCACCCAUUAUCAGGGAAAAGAAUGGAGUUCGGGAUCAAAGAACUGCUACGGAGAGCAACAACCCCUAACCGGGUCGACGUACCCGUCAGGCUUACCUCCAGCUACCAGUGUAGUGAACAAAGUGUUGAGUUCAAUGACGAAACCGGUGUAUCUGCUAGACAUCACAAGACUCUCACAGCUGAGAAAAGAUGCUCACCCGUCGGCUUACAGCGGUGGCCACUCUGGCACUGACUGCAGCCACUGGUGCCUCGCCGGUGUGCCUGAUACUUGGAACCAGCUCUUCUACGCUGCUCUUAUUAUGUGAAAUUUUUUGAAGGCUUGAAAAAAGCAGUUAGUGUCAUUUCUUCACUUCAGAUGGUGUACACAAUAAAGUGGGAAAGAAUCAAUUGUAAAGUACUCAUUAUUUUUUUUUUGUUUUUUUUGUUUAUGGAUAAAAAUGAUGCGAUUGGAAAAAUGUGUAUGGAUAUAUGUAUAGAAACGCAAAUGCAAAAUCAUUUGCUAUUUGGGAAUUCUGUAUGAGAGGGGUUAGUCAAGAUUGCAAUUUGUAAGUCAUUUUGAGAACUUUUAUUUCUAAAGCCCAUUUGAAUAUUUUUG